ACAACACUUACCAGGAAGAGACUGUUUGAUUAUUUCUCUAUCUGUUAUGCUGCCUCCUUUCUGUAUCUCCUGGGGGAAAAAUAAAAAAGGAAACAGUGAGUGGAGAAUAGAACUUUCGAAAUGGUUAGUUUCUGAAUAGACAGCAGCUUUUGUGGUUUUCAUGCAUGGUUAUGUUUUGAGAAGAGGUUUAAACAAGUGGAUCUCUUGACAACAGUGAAAAUGGCUUCACUAAAUGUAUCCACAGAAGAACUUUCUUGUGCCGUGUGCUGUGAAAUCUUCAAGGAUCCUGUUAUUUUAUCAUGUAGUCACAGUGUCUGUAAAGAGUGUCUACUACAGUUCUGGAGAAUCAAAGAAACUCAGGAGUGUCCUCUCUGCAGGAAAAGAAGCUCAAGAGAUGAUCCUCCAUAUAAUCUUGCUUUGAAAAACCUUUGUGAGCCGUUACGGAGGCAGAGAAAUGAGAGGUGUUCAUCAGGAUCUGAGGAGAUCUGUAGUUUACACGGUGAGAAACUCAAACUCUUCUGUCUGGAGGACAAACAGCCGGUGUGUUUAGUGUGCAGAGAUUCACAGAAAUACAUCAAUCACACAUUCAGACCCAUUAAUGAAGUAGUUUCUUCUUACAAGGAGGAGCUCAAUACAGCACUGAAGACCUUACAAGAGAAACUGACACACGGAGAGAAGAUGAAAAAAGAGUGUGUGAAAACAGUUCAACACAUCAAGUCUCAAGCUGAGCACACAGAGCGUCAGAUUAAACAGCAGUUUGAGAAGCUUCAUCAGUUUCUCAGAGAUGAAGAAGAAGCUACAAUCACUGCACUGAGGGAGGAAGAGGAGCAGAAGAAGCAGAUGAUGAAGGAGAAGCUGGAGGAGAUCAACAGACACAUCUCAGCUCUUUCACAGACAAUCAAAGACACGGAGGAGAUGAUGAGAGACAAUGAUGUCUGCUUUCUAAAGGAGUUUCCAGUCUCAAUGGAAAGAGUCCAGAUCUCAUCACAGCCGGAUCCACAGACACCUUCUGGAGCUCUGAUUCAUGUGCCACGUUACUUGGGCAACCUGCCCUUCAGAGUCUGGAAGAAGAUGCAGGACAUCAUCCAAAACACUCCUGUGAUUCUGGAUCCAAACACUGCAAAUCCAGAUCUCAUCGUGUCUGAUGAUCUGACCUGCGUAAGACACAGCUGGAAGAAACAACCUCUUCCUCAUAAUCCAGAGAGAUUUGACUAUUAUUCCUGUGUUCUGGGUUCAGAGGGUUUUAACUCAGGAACACACUGCUGGGAUGUGGAGAUUAAAAAGAGCCGAUGCUGGAAUCUUGGAGUAACUACAGCAUCAAACCAAAGGAAGGGACGUGAUUUCUUUAGCGCUGAUGUCUGGAGUGUGUGGUAUGGAUUAUAUGAACCAUCUGGUUUUCCUGUUGAACAGGAUCUUGAGCGUGUGAGAGUUGAUCUGGACUAUGACAGAGGAACAGUGUCAUUCUCUGAUCCUGUAACUAAUACACAUCUACACACAUUCACAACCACCUUCACUGACACUGUCUUUCCUUUCUUCCGUUGUUAUAGGUUUUCCCCUCUGAGGAUCUUACCAUUAUAGUCAAUAGCUGAAGUUAAUAUCAAGUCACUUAAUUUCAUAAACAAUCUGCUCAGAUAUUUUCAGAGCUACUACAGUCAAGGAAAACCUGGAAAUAUCCAGUCAUUUUUAAGCUGUGAUAGCUGGGCCUGAAAAACACAUGAAAUUAAAAAUAAAAAAAAAAAAAAAAAAGUGAAAAAUCAUGCAUUUCUUUAAUAUUUAAUAUAUCCAUGUUGUUCCAGACAUGCAUGACUUGCUUUCUUCUGUGGAAAACAAAACUAGAAAGACAUGGUGUGCUGUAAUGCACGGAACCAAACACCACAGUGUUGUAUGUGGGAAAGCCUGACACAGAGCUGAAAUAAAAAAAGCUUGCGGUAGCAGAUCACCCAGACCUCGGUACUUGUGAUAGAGAGCUGGUGAUGCUGAUUGAUGCAGGUUAUUGCUGGCGUUUAGUGUCAGGUCAGGUAGAGAGAAUAACAGAUGCAUUUGUAGCCAUUCAGUGCAGGUCCAGUCGCAAUGUUCAGUGUUUCUGACGCAGCAGUCAUAAGUGAAAGUGAAAAAAGUGAAAGUGACGUGACAUACAGCCAAGUAUGGUGACCCAUACUCAGAAUUCGUGCUCUGCAUUUAACCCAUCCGAAGUGCACACACACAGCAGUGAACACACACACC